AUGUUAGGAAUUCUUUCCUUUAUUUUGAUCCAAAUAAUUAAGACUUCAAAUUGUGACUCUUAUAGUGUAAAAGAAAUAGUGAUAUUGUCCUUAUCAAGUUAAGAAGUAGUGCAAAUUCCUUAUAAUGAACUUAUUUAAUCUUCUUCCUCAUUUAUCCUUUGUAAAAAAGAUGAAAAAAAUGAUAUCAAUGUAAUCGAUCCCAUCUAACAAAUUUUACAAUUUAACCAUAAUAUAGCAAAUGACCCAGUUAAGUAAUUGAAACAAUAUAAAACUUCAAAAAACAGAAUACCAAGAUAGUCUUCUAUUAUCAUUAUUUAACAUGAAAAUAUUUAGUUAGUGAAGAUUUAUUGGAAUAAAGACCCUGAAUUUGAAAUUGUUUAUCCUUAUACACAAAAAAUUUUGGUAAAUUUGGAAAUUUUAGAUAAAUUUAUUCUCAUUAAUUUCUAAACUGAAUCUGCAAAAAUGAAAAUAUAUCCUGAUAGAAUUGAAAAAAAUUUUCUUACAUUUGCAUGUCUACUUCCUGAAUUAACUGUUUAAAUUGAUGAUAUAAUUUUUAGUUCAAAUCAUAAUUAGUUAAAAUCCCAUAAAAAUUGGCAAGAGAUUAAUUUAUGUUCUAAUACUAAAAUAACUUUUUAAUGUAAAAAUAAAUCAAUAGAAAUCAAGAAUGAAAUCACAACUUUAUAAGUAUAUCCACCUUAAAAUUUAACAUUUAUUAGUGAAAAUAUAUUAGUCACAUUAGAUUUAUAGUAGACAAUGGCAGAAUGUUAGAUUUAUCCAAAAAUUUUGGCUUAUGAUUAUGAUUUGAUAAAGAAGAUAUUUGUUAUAAUAUCUCCUGAUAAAAUAGAAUAUGAUGGUGAGACAUAUAAAUGUGCAAUUGAAUCAAAGUAAAUACAAGUAUUUUUAACGAAAAGCUUUAUAAUUUUUCGUUAUGGAUAAGAGAUUCAGCUCUUUUCAAAAAAGUUACGUUUAAUAAGUACGAAAAACUUUGAUGAAGAUUUUUAAAUUCUGGCUAAUCAACUAGAAGAUUAAUUUAUUUUAGUAGAUAAAAUUCAUUAUUAGAAAUAUAUUUUACAUGAAAAUCCUUUCAUUGAAAUUAAUAGAAAAUAAAAUCAAUAGAUUUCUUUUCUAUAAGAUAUAUAUGAUAAAUAGAAUAAUCAAUAUUUAUAAUUAGUUAUGACAUUAGAUUAUUUUAAUAAUUUAGAUAAUUUGAAUAUUAGCAAAACUAUAGAAGUUGCUUUAAUAUAAUAUGAUAAAUAAAUAAAUAAUCAUCAAUUAAUAAAUUUAAAAUAAUGUAAUUAUGAUGAAUAAAUAAUGGGAUACCAAUUAUUUUAAUAAUAUAAUUAAUUGUUAAAGAUUUAUUCUUAUAAAGUUAAAGUAUUUGGUUUAGAUAGAUAUAAAAUUAUAUUUGCUUUUUCAAGUUCUUAUAUAUAUUUUGGAAUCAUUCAUGAUAAUAACUUGUAAUAAUUUAAAUAAUAUACAAUUUAAGAUGAAAUUAUUAAUAAUUAUAAUACUGCAUUCUAAAUAUAAGAUAAUAAGAUUAAUUACAUCCAUUGUACAAAUGUAUCCUGUUAUAUAUAUUAUGACAUUAUGAAGAAUUAUGAAUAAAAGAAAGCUAAAAAGUUUUAUUAAAAUAAAAUUUAAAAAGUAGUAUCUGAUAAUAACCAUUUCUAUUAAUUAAUAUCCAAAGAAGUCUUUAUUUUUCAGUUUGUUGAAGGAUAGGAAAUUUAAAAUUAAAAAUUAUAGAUAGAAGAAGAAGUUUUAGAUAUAUUUGCAUCUCCAAAAAAAAAAGAUUAUUUGUUUGUUUAAACUAAAACUAGUAGAUUAUAUUUUUAUAGUAUAUCCUAUCCAUUUUAAGAUUUGAUUUAAGUUUUCUAAUUAAAUUAUGAUGAAUUUUUAGAUUUUAUUAUUUUUGAGAAUUAUUUUCUAAUCUUAAUUAAGGAAAAGCAUUAAAUAAUUUGCAAUGUUUAUAAUUACAAAAAUGAAGUAAACAUCUUUUUAUAAAGACAAUUGCCGAUAAAAAUUUUUAAAGAGAUUAAUUUUGAUGAACUAUAAGUAGAUUAUGACUAAAAUACAUUAUAUAUAAAAGGGUAAUUAAGUUAAUCAGAUGAACAUGCUAUUAUAGCAUAUAGAAUUGAUACUAGAAUAGAAUUAUCUAUUUAAUUUAUUUCAAAAUUAAAAUCUAAAAUUAGUUAUUUAUUACCAAUUUCAGAUAGAAUGACUUUAAAAUUCGAAGAUAAAUUAAACUUUACUUCAAUCUUUUAUAAUGGAGAUAAAGAAACUAGUUGUUUAAUAAAAAAAUUUUAAGAGGAUGACAUAGAUGAAGAUGAUUCUUUCUCUGAAACAGAAAGUGAGAUAGAAAGUGAUGAUACUUUAUCUUUAGAUGAAAAUUAUCAAUUUUCUACAAGUUCCUUUCUUAGUAUAUCCUCUGCUGAAGGAUUGCUUAUUCUAGGAAUAUAAUCUAUCUAUGGUAGAAGAAGACCUGAAAAUAUUGAUGGUUUUUAAACACUAUGA